CCUACUAUAAAUACAGAGCUUCUUCUGAGGUAAGACAUACUCAAACAAAACAUGGCUUCUAUUCAUCCAUUAAACCUUGCAAUCCUUUUCCUUUUCUUUCAAACACUCUCCUUCAGUUCUUGUCAAGCUACUGUUCCUGCCAAUGAAACCUUCAAAUUUGUGAAUGAAGGAGAAUUAGGGGAAUACAUUAGUGAGUACCUCGGUGAUUACCGAGCUCUAAGUGUUUUCACUUCUCCAUUCCAACUCUGCUUCUAUAACCAAACACCUACUGCCUUCACCCUGUCUCUGCGCAUGGGCUUAAGGCGCACUGAGUCGCUCAUGCGUUGGGUUUGGGAAGCUAAUAGAGGGAAUCCUGUCGAUGAGAAUGCCGUAUUCUCAUUUGGAACUGAUGGGAAUCUAGUGCUUGCACAUUCUAACGGCCAAGUUGCUUGGCAAAGUGGUACUGCCAACAAAGGUGUAGUAGGUUUUAAAGUACUUCCUACUGGAAACAUGGUGCUUUAUGAUUCUAAAGGCUCGUUUCUGUGGCAAAGCUUUGAUUCUCCUACUGAUACUCUCUUAGUAGGCCAGUCUCUCCGCGUUGGAGCUGCCACAAAGCUUGUCAGCAGGGCUUCUCAGAAUGAGAAUGUGAACGGGCCUUAUAGCCUAAUAAUGGAGCCUAAGGGAUUAACUAUGUAUUAUACUCCUGCUAACUCUCCAAGGCCUAUGCCUUACUUCACAUUCUCACAGUGGUUCAACAUAACCAAAGGGGCAACUAUACAGAACAUGACAUUUCAAAGCGAAAAUGAGUAUGAUGAAGGUUUUGCUUAUAAUCUACAAUUUCUCUUGGGCGUUGCUAAUUCCCCCUACAGCGCGGGCGGCAUCCUUUCCAGGAUCAAAUACAAUACGACAUUGUCGUUUCUUCGAUUAGAAAUGGAUGGGAACAUUAAGAUUUACACUUACAAUGACAAAGUUGAUUAUGGUGCAUGGGAGGUGACGUAUACUCUGUUCUCCAAAGAUUCUGAUGCAUCAGAGUGUCAGUUACCAUCGCGAUGCGGGAAGUACGGUCUUUGUGAGGACAGCCAAUGUGUGGGUUGUCCCUCACCUAAUGGACCAGCACUGGCCUGGAGCAAGAGCUGUGAGGCACCUAAGGUAUCAUCAUGUGCUGCAAAGGACUUUCACUAUAGUAAAAUGGAAGGAGUUGAUCAUUUUAUGGUGAAAUACACGAGGGGAGAUGGAGCUGUGAAACAAAGUGACUGUGAGAUGAAAUGCAGCAGGGACUGCAAGUGUCUGGGCUAUUUCUAUCAUCUUGACACUUCAAGGUGUUGGAUUGCAUAUGAUCUUAAAACUCUCACCAGAGGUGACAACUCCAAGCAUUUGGCCUAUGUGAAGGUGCCUAAUUAGUACCUGCUGAAUUUACCUGUGGCUAAUAAUAUGGAUUUCGACGUGUUUUACUUUGCCUGUAUUGGCUUUAUUCUGAUUUGUUUGUUCGAACUGCAAUUUUACUUUUUUUUAAUGGCAAGUUGUUCAACGAAUUACUGUUAUGCAAUGAGAAAAAGGGGAUUUUGAUAAAAAGUAGACCAAUCUAUUGUUUUUUUAUAAAAGUUUCGUAGCAUAUAUUUUAUAGAUUA